AUGGUAUUUGAAAAGUGUCAUAUCCGCCGAUUUGCGGAAUUUGCCGAUCAUCAAUUAUGUGGCGCAGUACCGAUUAAAAUCGAUCAAAACCCGUUCCUACAAUCACAAGUUUAUUUUAUAUCAAAUCUGUAUUCUGAACAGUAUAAAGAUGUAGUUUAUGAACAUGUGUUGAAAUAUGAAGAUGUGUUAAAAUUUGAAGGAUUAGGUUGGAUUGAAUAUCAACUUCCAAAAGAAAUAAUUGAAAUUUAUGUACAAUCUUCAAUUGAAAUAAAUGGUUCUAUUAAUAUGAAUACGUGGACCUUUAAUGUUAAUGAUAGUAAUGAUUUUUCUAAACCUGGAAUUGUUUAUGAAUUUAGUAAACACAUAACCACAAGUUUACCUUAUAUCAAAUUUACUGUAGUAAAUUUAAAUGAUAAACUUUAUCAAUUUCAAGAUGACAAUACAAAUAGGAAUAGAACAUCAGUUCUUAAGUACCUGAACUUCCAGCUUUCGAACAUGGAACUAUUAAAGGACGUGAACACCAGUUUUUGGACCUCGGAUUUAAGACAUAGAAAGACGCGUAUUUAUUGGAACACCAAUUUUGGACGUCUGAAGUUCCAUAUUCCAGACAUGGAAGCUUGUCUUUUUCAAGUUGGACUAACCGCAACUUGGGUUUCUUCAAGCCGAACUGAACUGAAUAACUUUAGAACAUCAGGUCAAGCCGAAUCGACUCCAUUAGCGGUGUUCAAUUCAGUUUGGCACGACUUGAACUUUACAACACUAAUUAUGUUAUUUGUAAAAUAA